GCAAACGGGAAGCCUUGAGCAGCGAAGUCAAGCCAACACUAUAGAAAAAUAAACAGAAAAGUCGAAGAGCACUGAAUAAUAGUAGUACUUUUCAGACAGUCUGCCCAGCCCCAUCGAUCACCACCACCACCUUCAACUCAAAAACCCUAAAAACAAUUUAAAAUGGCUCGCCAAGCUUCUAGAUUCAUCGCCAAUCUCUCCUCCAAACUCUCCUCCGAUUCGCACUUGCUCUCUCGCCGUUGUUUCGGCACGGCGCCGCCGCCACCGGCGGUGUUUAUCGACAAGAACACGCGCGUUAUCUGCCAGGGUAUCACCGGAAAAAACGGCACUUUUCACACCGAGCAAGCCAUCGAGUAUGGCACCAAAAUGGUGGGUGGAGUUACUCCUAAGAAGGGAGGGACGGAGCAUUUAGGCCUACCUGUUUUCAACACAGUUGCAGAAGCAAAAGCGGAAACCAAGGCUAAUGCAUCAGUUAUUUACGUGCCUCCAGCUUUUGCUAGAAAAGCUAUUAUGGAAGCACUAGAGGCUGAGUUAGACUUGAUUGUGUGCAUCACUGAAGGAAUUCCUCAGCAGGAUAUGGUUCAAGUGAAGGCCGCUCUCCUACAGCAAUCGAAAACCCGAUUAAUUGGCCCCAACUGCCCUGGUAUCAUCAAGCCAGGAGAAUGCAAAAUUGGCAUUAUGCCUGGAUAUAUUCACAAAGCAGGGAGGAUAGGAAUCGUUUCCCGGUCUGGCACACUGACUUAUGAAGCGGUUUACCAAACAACCGCUGUUGGUCUAGGACAGUCAACUUGUGUAGGUAUUGGAGGAGAUCCUUUCAAUGGGACAAAUUUUGUUGAUUGCGUGACGAAGUUUAUUGCUGAUCCGCAGACAGAAGGUAUUGUUCUUAUCGGUGAGAUAGGUGGUACAGCAGAGGAGGAUGCUGCUGCCCUUAUAAAGGAAAGCGGGACUGAAAAGCCUAUUGUUGCCUUCAUUGCUGGUCUCACUGCUCCGCCUGGGCGGCGAAUGGGUCAUGCUGGAGCAAUUGUAUCAGGAGGAAAGGGUACAGCACAAGACAAAAUUAAGACACUAAGAGAAGCUGGUGUAACUGUGGUCGAGUCUCCUGCAAAGAUUGGAACUGCAAUGCUCGAGGUCUUCAAACAAAGGGGUUUGGUGUAAAUCAUCUCGCCACUACCCAUUUUUUAUAUCUCAUUCAUUCUGAACACAAGAGAAGUACUUGUGGGGUGGGCUAGAAAUACAAUCUCAGAAUAUAAUAACAAGCUAAAUACUACAGCAUUCUUGUUGCAAUAUUUCCGGUUUAAGAUUAUAUUAUAAUGCCAGUUCAGGCAUUGCGGUUGGUAUUCCCUUAAUUUGCUGAGGUCCGGACAUGUUCUUAGCUUGUACACGCUAGGAUUUUUGAAACGAUUGUUACCAAGUCCACUCACUGGAUUCUGCCAUGUAUUUUCUUAAUAGCAAAAGGAGUGUACAAAUCUGUUUUUUCUAA